GCCCAAACAUUGCUGACGUUUUGGCAAUUUAUAGGCGGUACAUGGGCGUUGCAUUAAAUUUGCUGAGUAAUGGUUACUCAUCACCUUUUAAAUUUUCGAUUGUAUCAAUCGAUUCGAAUGAUUGCCAAGGUCUAUGCUUCGUGUUAUAUCCAGCAAAGUGUUUGUUGAUUUUAGACGAACAAUGGCUUCUGUUGGAAGGUAUGUUGGGACAACCAAACGAGGUCUGACCAAGGAGUUUUCUGUCCCUGUACCAUGGGGGGAAAUUGUUGGAAAAACCUGGGGAGAUGAGAAAAAUCCACCAAUUAUUUGUUUACACGGAUGGUUGGAUAAUUGCAAUACUUUUGAUAAACUUAUUCCACUUUUACCUCAAGAUUUCUAUUAUGUCACAUUUGAUGUGCCUGGUCAUGGACUCUCAUCUCAUUUUCCUAAAGGAUCUUUCUAUUUCACUGCUGCAUACAGUUCUGUUUUAAAAAGAGUAAUUGAUCAUUUCAAAUAUGACAAUGUGUCGAUAAUGGGUCAUAGCAUGGGGGCCAAUAUAGCAACAUAUUUUGGUGCAAUCUAUCCUGAAAUAGUUAGUCGAAUCAUAGCUAUUGAUACAGCUGGCAUAUGGUUCCGACAGAAGGAGGAUCUGAUUACUGGAUUACGAUCAUGCAUUGAUACACAUCUAGCUUUUGAAACGGCAGAACCUAGACCUGAAAAGGAAUAUACUUACGAACAAGCAAAAGAAAGACUCCGAGCAGCUAACAAAAAUUUAAAUGAUGAAUCUGUCGAAAUUUUACUUGAACGUGGGAUGAGAGAGCUUGAUAAUGGAAACUUCAUUUUUCGGCGAGAUAUCAGACAUUUGUUCAAGGAUCCGUUGGAGCGGGGUUUUGAAACUUCAUUAACUAUUGCAGAAGGUUUAAAAGCUGAUAUCUUUUUUGUAUGGGCAAAGAAAGGUUUAUACAAGAUAAUCAAAGAAAGGUACCCAGAUAUAGCUGAAGUACAUAAAGCUUUCCAAAAGAAUACUAAAUCUUUCAGCUAUGUUGAGAUUGCUGGCAAUCAUCAUUUGCAUUUAUGUACGCCAGAGGAAUCAGCCAAACAUAUUACAGAAUUUUUAAGAAACCAUCCCGUGCAAAAGGAAGGAGAGAAUGGCAAUGGUUCUAAUUUAUAGUACCCAUGAGUAACAUAUAUUUUUCAUGUACAACUUCAUAGAUUAAUUACGUUAUAGUCAAGAUCGUCAAUGAGUCCAAAUUAUCUAUCAUUGUUUGGUGAAUUAAGUAGUACGUUUUCGUUAUUUUAUCUGAUGUUUUUUGUUAAUUUGCCUAUUGAAUCAUUUUAAUAUUUGGUUUGUUAAAUAUUAUAAUUCUUCAUACCUAUGCAAAUACACUUGUUUGUUGGCUG